AUGUUAGAUUCUGGCUGCAGACUUUGUCAAACUAAGAACAUCUACCACGAGUUCAUUUCCGGAGCAAUAGGAGGCGUGGCGGGUCUUGUGAUAGGGCAUCCAUUAGACACCGUGAAGGUUUUGAUGCAAAACGCACAAUGCAAUGUUUCGGUAAAGGACGUGACCACCGCUAUCCGGCAUGCGGGUGGUAUGGGCAACUUUUUUCGUGGUCUCUCUGCACCUGCAUUUUCUUAUGUGGGCGUGAAUGCAAUUGCAUUCGGGUCGUACAAAACCUGCAUUCAGCGCCUAGAUCCGCAGGAAAAGUCCACCGCAGCGUGUCUCGUAGCCGGGGCGUUUUCUGGUCUGAUGCAACUAAUACCAUCGGUUCCAGUGGAGAUCGUGAAAAUUCAUCAACAGAACACCGCUUUGUGUGGUGUUCAGGCAGUCUGCUUGACCGAGUGCGUGCGAGAAAUUCUACGAGAACGCGGUUUACGCGGCCUAUAUGUGGGAGCCACUCUUCACGCAUUACGAGAUAUUCCGGGAUUUGCUGUCUAUUUUCUGGCCUAUUCUAAAUUGAUCCAAGUCAAUGCAGCAUUCGGCGCACCUCCGUUCUGGUCUUCGUUUUUUGCCGGUGCUUUGGGUGGUGCAGCAUCCUGGGUUGUUUCAGCUCCAGUUGUAAGUCCCUUUUGGUGGUUUUGUAUGUGUUUUUCGCGCUCCUGGGAAAGCUGA